UUUUACCAUUAUUUCUUAUUUUUAUUUAUUUAUUAUAUUUACUAACCCCUUUAUUUUUUAAAUCUAUACCAUUAGUCUCCCUUCAAUUAAUCAAAUUGGUUUAAGAGCUUCUGAUAGUCUUCCAACAACUCCAAGGAUUAAUAACCACACUAUUAUUUAUAAUCCUAAUAAUCCUCAUAAUUUGAAUUCUUUAAAUCAAACUGUAAAUCCAUUAAAUUUAUCAAGGAACAAUUCAAUUUCAAUGUAUAAUCCAAACUCCAAUAAUUCAAAUAAUAUACAACAACAACCAAAUCCAAUGAUUUAUUCAAACCAAAUACCUUAUAACUAUGAUUCUCAGCUGUUUCAACAACAACAACAACAACAAUCAAACCAGCCAGCCCAACCUUUAAAUCAACCAACUCAACCUUUGAACCAAUAUAAUUUACCUCAAAAUCCAACAAACUUACAAAUUCAACCUCAAUUAACUAACUAUCAAUACCAACAAGAUUUUUCUACAAACUUAUAUCCAUUACAACCUUCUCCAACUUCUUCCUCCUCAUCUUAUUCCUCGUCAAAUAUUCGAUCUUCUCCCCCUUUGCAAAAUACAAACUUAAAUGUAAAUAAUACCUUUUAUAUUACCGAAUCUUCAGUUCAACAACACUUGAAUAGUGAACAACAACAACAGUUACAACAACAACAGCAACAGCAGCAACAACAACAGCAGCAACAACAACAACAAUUUCUUGCAACAGCUAAUUUGAACAAUUCCACCAAUGGAAAACCUAAAUUGAAAUGUCAAUGUUGUGCUGCUGAAAAUACACCAGAAUGGAGAAGAGGACCAAAUGGUUCAAGAACAUUAUGCAAUGCUUGUGGAUUGUUUUUUGCUAAGAUUUGUAAAAAGAAAGGACGUGAAACAGCAAUUUUGGAAAUGAAGAAAAAAAAAGAGAUUAAAGAUACAAUCAGAUUAACAAGUUUGACAUUUCAAAAUGGACAACCAUUGAAUAAUCAUCAAAAUGUUCCAUUAAUCGGUUUUGAUUCAAAUCAUUUUUCACACGUUAAUAUGGUUUACAAUCAGUACUAUUAAAAUUAAUCAAUUACCUAUAUUCAUUGUUGUCGUAUAUUAUAAAUAAGUAACACUAUUUCCUUAAUCAUUUCAUUUUUUUUUAUUUUUGCAGUCUAAAUUUAAUCAAUUUUGUCUAUUUUCUCAUUUUACUCAGUUUUAUUAUUUUUAGCCCACCUGUUUUUGUCCUCAAUGAUUCCAAACUAAAAGAAGGAAAUUAAUUCACAUUUCAACAAAUAAUUAGUUAUAAUUUCAAGUUAUGAUUUAUUUACAGUAUAUUAUAAAAUAAUUAAUUUUUUUGAAUAGUUUAUCGUUU